CAAUUGAUACACAAUAGCUUAUGUUUCUUUCUCUCUCUCUCUAUAUAUAUAUAUAUAUAUAGUCUAACAUUUGGUCAUCACAACACAACAGUGGUGGAAUAGAACAACGAGGCAUGGGAAACCACAACCGAAACCGCAUACCGCCGUUGAAUAUCUCACACCGCAACCUCUACAACGUCACCUUCCACUCCGACACCAUCCUCACCCUCCUCACCUCCAACCCCUCCGAAGUCCACUCCUGGAUCUCUGAUAUCCUCCGCCGCCACUACCGUCGAAGCACUCUCUUGGUGGGCCUCGACAUUGAGUGGCGCCCCAACUUCCGCCGCGACAUGAACAACCCAGUCGCCACCCUCCAACUCUGCGUGGACCGUCGCUGCCUUGUCUUUCAAAUACUUCACGCUCCCUUCGUUCCUCUUUCCCUCGUUUCCUUCCUCGGCGACGCCAACCACACCUUUGUGGGUGUUGGGAUCCAAGGCGACGUGCAGAAGCUUCUAGAAGAUUGCUCUCUCCGCGUAGCCAACUUCCUCGAACUUGGCUCCCUCGCCGUGGAGAAGCUCGGUGACCCUGCGUUGAACACCGCUGGGCUGAAGGCACUGGGCCUGAGGGUGUUGGGCCUGGAGGUUGAUAAGCCCAAGAAGAUCAGUAGGAGUAGGUGGGACAAUGGGUGGCUCAGUGAUGAACAGGUGCAGUAUGCUGCUAUUGAUGCUUUUGUCUCUUUUGAGAUUGGACGACGUUUGAGUUGUUAGGGUUUUAUUUUUCGUUCCCUGUAUUUUGUUUUGAAUUAUAUUUAAACAAACUUUCUUAAUUGCAAAAACCAAAGUUCCACAUAA